ACGCGGGGGUUUGGAAGCAGCGAUCCGCGCUCCGCCUCCGGCUCCGGCCCCUUCCUAAACGUGUGGCGUGGCCUUCCUCUUAUUUGGCCUCGUCGAGAAUUGUCAUCCUCACAUCUCUUCUCCCCGCUGGCUGCUUCCGCGCUCGCUGUCACGGGAGCUGGAGGGAGACUUUUCUCCUGCUUCGCUUCCUCGCCCGGUCGUCCUGCUCCUACUGGUUGCUUGCUUGCUUUGGGAUCCGCGUUGCAGAAAAGAAAAUACGCAGAGCUAUUUUAUCUUCUUCGCUCUGCGCCCGUGGGAGAUCGGGCUGCGAAUGAUCAGCGAGCGGUGGACGAAGAGACGAGGAAUCUGAGACUGAGAAUUUGACCGGCAUCGAUCGAGCUCGUGUCGUGAGAAGAGGAGGCCGGAGACGACGGGGGCCAUGGAGAGCGAGCAGGUGAAGCGGCGGUUCGGGCGGUGCCCCUACUGCCGCGCCAUGAUCUACCAGGACCCGCAGGCCGUCAUCUACUACUGCAGCAAGUGCCGCACGCCCAUCCGAGGCAAGAACCCGGAGCCCACGGACGACACCGAGUACUCGCUGGCGCAGCUCGAGAUCCUCUCCUUCGACACCAUGUCCACCUACUCCGACGAGACGGAUCCGCCCAAUGGCGGAGACCUCGAGCCGGGCAGCCGGGACAACGGGGUCGCGUCCUCCUCGUCCGCGUACCGGCCCUACAGCGCGAUCAGGACCGGUCCAAGGAGCGGCGAUCUGGGCCGGCACGACGAAGCGGAUCAGGUUCGGCGAAGCGGGUCGCCGCUCCACAGCCGCGUGAGCGAGCUCCGGCCGGCGUCCCGGAGGACCAGGCGGCCGGCGAGCGCUGACCUCGACGCGCCCAAGGACGGAGGCGGCGAGUUCGACGUGCCGCGGACGAGGUCGGCCUCGUCCUACGGCCGCCUGGCGUCGCCGCUCAACUCGCAGGAACUCGAGGCGGCGAUGGGCAUGGUGGGGGAUGGACCGGCCGCUGGUGUGGCCUCGAGAUCGCCGCUGGCUGACCCGGGGUUCCAGCAGAACCUCCUGCACGCUCUCGAGAACCUCCGGAAGCUCAUCGUGGCCGUCGAGGAGCCGCUCAGAGUCGACGCGCCCCGGCUCGCUCCUGGUGUGCCUCCCAAGAGCGCGCCUGGCAGCAACAGCGCCCCUCAGAAAGUCACGCGGCGCGACUCCCGCAUCCUGCGCCGCCUCGAGUCGCAGCUCGCCCAGGCAUUGCCGGCCACCGACAGCGGCCGGCGCCUUCGCAAGCCCAACACCUCGUCGUCAUUGUCUUCGUGGAUGUCUGCGUCGGCGUCGGCAUUGGCACCGGUGUCGGAACCGGCAUCGGCAUCGAGCAGCCGGCGCGGGGCGUCGGCGAGGCACCUAAUCUGCCGCCCGGUCAUGGGCGGCACGCCGUUCGUCCUCUGCGACAAGUGCGAGGAGAUACUGCUGCUACCGGCCGGCCUAUCUGUAGACAAAUUCGCCAGGCUGCAGUGCGGCGGCUGCGACGAAAUGCUCGAGGUGACGCUGCCGGCGAGGGGCGGCGGCUCGACGACGGACCGGCCGAGGAAGAUAUUCUCCGCGCCGCAGCCAGCUGGUUUUGGCGCCGACGACGCGGAGGAGCAGAACACGCGUGCAACUGCGAGGAGCCGUUUGAGCGGCGAGCAGCUACGGCAGGGCCCCGACCAUGGGCUACUCCACCACGUGCUCGGCUACAGCUCGGUGAGCUCGGUUCUCCGGAGCCGUCGGUACGACGACGAGGACAGCUGAGCAAACAUUUGCCUUCCGCUUCUCCUGGCGCGUAAAGAUGCAAUUGAAUUGUGGAUAUUUACAACCAUUCUUCAUUUUUUUGUUAUUGUGUAAGAGAUCUGAUUCUUUUGGGGCGAUGAGGAGGAUGAGUAGUUUUUCUCUCUUCUUUUUUGGAAGCCAGGAUGAAUAGUUAUUUGAUUCAUCAAAAUACUGCUAUUUUAGUGUA